AUGAUAGUGAGUUUCUUCCCCGACAGUGUCUGGGGAUGUACAGUGAAGCAGCACCAAAAGCAGAAACACCUCCUGUACCAUAAGAUCAUCUACGCCCUCAUUAGCGAUAAGUACAAAAACCGCAACCUGCGCAAGUCGUCCUUCGCGCUGCUCUACCUGUCGUACGUCUUUAUCAAGAUGCUUCCGGUCACGCUGGCGAUCGAGUCGCACACCGGCACCAAGGCGAUCACCUCGCUCCCCGCCAAGCCGCGCACGGUGCCGGAAAUGGUGGGGGCGGCGCCACUCGGCGACGAGGACGACGACUACAUCGACGAUUACGGCGACGAGUACGACAUCGUGAACAAUAAAUCCGCGAAAGGACGGUACAUAGGUGCACCGUGCGAGUUUACGUGCCACACCACCCUCCAUCACGUCUACUGCGACCCGACGACGAACACCUGCAGCUGCGAGAAAGACUACGCCGUGGUGAUUGGAGUACUGAAAGGAUGUGCCAAGCCCAAAAAACUUGGGGAACAAUGCUUCUACGAUGAAACUUGCAUCUUCAACGACGAGCAUGCGCUCUGCCAGCAGAUCGUGCACAACGCCAUCUGUCAAUGUGCGCCCGGUUUCCACUCCGUCAGCUACUCGAAGCCGACGAAACGUGUCUUCUGCACACAGGACAUGGCCUCCAUAACUGCGGAUCUUCCGACGCUCUUCGGUGUCACGAGCGGCAUUGCCGUGCUGGCGGGCCUCAUUUGCAUGGUGCUGCACUUAUUUAGCAAAACGAAAUACCCUCGACCUAGGCACUUCGGCGAUGCGAACCUUGCACCACCGAUACUAUUUUCCAGUGAUACAGGGAUACCAUUGACAAUACAGUCGGCAAGACCGUCAUCUCGUUCCAGUCAGCGCUCGAGCGGCUCCAUCGGUUCCUAUGGCAAUCGGCGGUCGUCCAGCGCGCCGCUGCACGGCUCCAAGGGGGUCCUGGUCUCGACCUCCCGCACAGGUGCGGCCCGAUCUGCCGCCAUAUUGCUUGUAUCAUGUCACAUAUCUGCAAUUAGAAAUAGUCAGUCCACUAGUACCGAUUCCCAGCACCCCAGCAGCUAUCUGAGCGACGACAAUAUGACCAGAUAUCUCGAGCGCCAGCUGGAGCACCAGAAGCAGCUGCUCUACCUGGACAUACCGUCGCUCAGAACGCACAAUAAGUUGUUUUCCAAGUUUUGCAAGGCGACCGCACUGAUCGGCCAGCCGUCGGCCGCCGCCGCCGCCGGCAGUGGGGGCCGCCGGAAGUACCAGGGCGGCGCGAGCAGCAGCGAGGACGAGGCCGGCGGCCACACCGCGGGCACCAUGGGGAGCGUCGCCGGGCGGCUGGGCGGCCGGUACGCCGGUGCGUCCGUCAACGACGACUCCAGCUUCGACAACGACGACGACGACCACUACGACCGACACGGUUCCCGAAGACCCAGUCUAGCUUCCGUACACAGCACCAGUUCGUCCGUGCGGAGCUACAGUAUGCGUCGGUUUGAGCAGGAAAUCCAGCAGAAGGAACUACGGCAGGAGAUGAAGCGGCACCUGGCGCGGCUCCAGGAGCAGCAGCAGCUGCAGAAGAUCAAGCCAAACAUCAUCAUCGGCGAGGUGAUAUCGUGCCCGAUGAACCGGCCCAUCCUGACGACGCCCAGCCCGAUGACGCCGAACUCGGUCGACGACAUACUGCCGUCGGUGGACGAAACGCAGGAAUUUUCCCCCAACCUCAGCCAGCGAUCGGUUAGCGACAGCACCGGCGGGUGCUUCGACGGGCCGUGCAGCUCGACGGAGCUGCUGAAGUAGUGGACGCACACGUAGCCUUCCGGAGGGACGAACUUAGCCGUUGACGCUAGGCGAAUGUUAUAUAGACACCAUUUUAUGGAAAUUUUUACAUCGAUAA